AUGACCGCUGCUGUUGAGAAAGAGACUGGCAUGCUAGAUGCUGGCUCACAUUGCAGUUUCUGCCGACAACUGGAUUUUCUACCAUUUCAUUGCAAGUAUUGCGAGGGCAACUUCUGUGCUAGCCAUCGGUCCAAAGAGUCUCAUCAUUGCAGAUGGCUAAUCGAGAACGAACAGAAGGCCCAACCCGUCCAGACCAAGGUAGUAGAUAACGAUGGCAAGUACUUUCAAAGCCUGCUACCAGAGAAAGGCUAUAUCAGAGUACGGCAAGUUGACAGCAGCAAGAAGGAAAGCUCCAGCGUACGACCCAAGGGAAGCAAAAGUGCAUUAGAUAAACUGGCUAAAUUCUUCAAGAAGAGGGAUAGUAUCAAUAAAAGUAAACCCAAGAGCUCGAAACCGAACGCCUUCAUCGAAUUGGCCAAGUUGAAGAAAAACGCGAUGGGCGAUGACAAGAUACCUGUUUCUAACAGAGUAUACGUUUACUGCUACAAGAUCGAUGAUAAGGAAAAUGAUUCGGCAGCACACGAGAUAUACAUCAACAAGAUCUGGCCGCUCGGCAGGGCUUUAGAUUCGAUUGCACAACGAUUAAACGUGUCAAACCAUAACGUUGAUCUCAACGUCACAUCUCGUGAAAAACUGUAUCUGUACAAGAGGGAUGAAAAGAAGGGCGAUUUGCAGUUGCUUGAACUAUCAAGUAGAGUAGCUGCUGAAAUCCGGGAUCUUGACACCCUAUACUUAGUUCGUGGUGACGACACGAUAUGA